AUGGCGCCACAUAUGCAAAGAGUGUACCAUAGUACUGAGGAACCAAACAGAUACACGUUAAGGACGACUAAAUAUGGUGAAGAUUAUUUUCCACGAUCGCACAAUGCCGAUAUAUCGAAUAUAAACGGGAAAAAAGAUUUCUUACUUUGCAUGGGGCUUCAAAUGAAAAGAUCUCAGUGCGAAUACAGCCAUGCAACCGAAAGAGUUAAUAUUUCCAACGGGGUAAAGUUGCGUGACUGUAGCGUCGUUAUCCUGGGAGCGUCGUGUAAAAUAUGUGGAAAGUGCUUCAAGUGCGAAACGGACGUAAACUUACAUCUGUUUCAGAGACACCGUUUAUAUUUCGAAACGGACGGUAUUACCGCGAACGAAAUUCAGUGUUUCAACGUCGAAGACGAAGAGCGUAAAAUAUUCCCCGAUCCUUGUGAACUUCCGACUAUCGCCGCUAGUAAGAGCCCCGUAAUAAAGUUGCAAGAUACAACAGUUUUGGUACUCAGAAUAGGGAAGGAAGAGGUGUGUCGAUUGCCCCUGAAGCGCAAGUAUUUGAGAACAAUCAGCAUCGACACAGGCACGCAAACCGAACAGCACAAAGAACUGACCUCCGAAUUUCCCAACAACGAAUUCACCGAGAAAAAUGUCGACGUUGGUGUCGUUCCUCAUAUCGAUUUCCCUGUAUUCGAUAAUAGUUCUUGCAAGUGUUGUACCACGUCUAUGCAUGUAGUAAACAGCACGAAUCGAUAUUUGACUGGUAACAAUGCAGCAAGCAAGGAGACCCAAUGCGAGGAAAGUACAGCGCAAAAGAGAACCUCCAUCUUGAACAGGCGGACUAAAUCAUGCGCAAUCACGGCCUUGGAGGGCAACGCUGUUCGUGACGUUUUACCAAAUUCGGACAUAAUGUGCGUAUACGAAAAAGAUACCAAAAGUAUGCGUUGCUACAAAAAUAGCAAACCGACAUUUAACUCGAAUAAAAUGGACGUUAACAAGAAGCAACAAAAUGCUUUGCCAGAGAAACAAUCGCAGCUGCUGGAGAUAUUUAAAACCGUGAAAGUGAUAAUGCCCCCCCUGAUCUUUCCAAUAAUCAUGCCAAGAAAUGAGAUUUCGUUGCAAUUAAACAAAUCUGUUACCGACGACGAACAGAAUUCCGACGACGAAGUGCAAGAAGUAUUGCGGAUCGUUAGAGGACGCGACUCGAGCGAAGAAAUUAAUCAUGAGUCACCGAAUCGCCUCGAACAGGAAAUGCUGGUGCGGGAUGCGAUGAAAGAUAUAGCGAGAAUGGAAGAGGAGGGCUGCCAAUUGUUAGAGAAGGAGGAUAACAACACGACGAAGAAAAGGAAACGUGUCGUUGCGAAAUCUGACACCAAGAACGAUAUCGCGAAGGACGAGGCGGCGAACAAACGGCACAGAGUCGCGGUUCAAACCAAUUUCGAGAAUAAUAUUGUUACAAACGCAACGGAGGAGAGGUGUUCGUCGAAUCGCGAUGAGAAACUGUGCAUAGCGGAGAACGCGAAGGAGAACGUAAUAGCGUAUAAUAAGAACAUUAAUAUUCCCACGGAGGUGUUGGAAUGCCACGGUAUUGGACACUAUAGCGAAACGAGCGAGGGAAAAAACAAUAGGGAGUCGAUACAGGAGCCUGUUAGCCGUUUUCUUGUACCGUAUUCCUGUAGAACGAAGAAUAGGAGUAAUAGACCGACCGUAAUAGAUCUAGUCAAUGACACCGACGAAUAG